AUGCAGCGCUUAUUCGGGAUUGAGAUCAAUUACAGCUUUGCUCUCCGAGCAAGAAACAUCGCGAUUAAGAUGAUGUCCGGUGAUUUUGAGAACUCUUAUCAGAUGCUCCCGUCAUAUUUGUAUAUGCUGAGAUCGAGUAAUCUCGGCACGUUAUAUGACCUUGAGAUGAAGUCUGAUGGCGAGUUUCAUCAUAUGUUUGUUACUCUUGGACAGAGCGUGGCUGCCUUUGAGAGUCACUUGAGACCGAUCAUCGUCGUAGAUGGGACCCAUCUAAAGGGAAGGAAGAGAGGCAUUUUGUUUGUCGCCGUUACAAAGGAUGGGAACGAAGGCGUGUUUCCUCUCCACAAGAGCAUCCGAAAUGCUGUGGAGUGUCUAUACCCAAACGUCCCGCACGUGUUAUGUUAUUACCAUUUGCAGAAGAAUCUCGCGCAUUAUGGUUUGCAUGUAGCUACAGUUUUCAAAGCAGCGACAUAUUCCUAUCGAUCAGACGAUUUUCAUAGGAAUUUUUCUGCGCUUGAAGUCCUCAAAGUCAAUGCGCACACACGCCUCGACAUUAACGGUGUCGAGCCAUGGGCUAGGUCCAAGUGCCCUGUACGACGUACGAGCUUCAUGAUGUCGAAUGCUGCUGAGACGAUGAAUAAUAGGUUGUUGUGGGCACGACGCCUCCCGGUUGCCUCAUUGAUCGAGUCUUAUCGAGCCAUUAUGGAGAAAUGGUUCGAUGCACGAUGCCACUCGGCUGCAUCGAGGUCACAUGAGUUGACUGAGGUAGUAGCGGCAAAGUGGCAUUUGGCUAUUGAAGCGGGUCGGCAAUUGGAUGUUCGAGGGACGAUGACACAUAUGAAUAGUGUUGAAGAGGACCAUGCCUUUUACAGUGUCGAUCUCGAGAAUCAAACUUGUGAUUGUGCUCAGUUCGAGCUGGAUGAUAUUCCAUGUCGUCAUGCUUGUGCCGCUAUUAGGCGUGCAGGUUUGCAAGUGACUGACUUUGUUGGGAAAUAUUUCAAACAAUUCAUUUUGUUGGCCACACACAUGCCUCGUAUUGUGCCCGUGCCACAUCCUAUGUACUGGAAUUUGCCAGAGUCGAUAGCAACAUAUAUUGCGAAAUCCCCGGAUAUCACACGUCAUGCAGGGCGGCUGAAGAAAAGUAGGGCUCGCUCGGCUAUUGAGGGUUCGUCCAACUCGCGACCUCAGGUGUGCUCACGUUGCAAGGGUCGAGGUCACAACGCCCGAAGAUGCAAAGCGCCACUUGCAUUGGACUUGAAUGUGGCAUUGGAUGAGAACGAGGGCGUCGAGCCACCACCCGUUCCACGAACGCGGCGAAAGAAGAAAUGUGGUAUUUGUAGGAGUGGAACACAUACUAAGAAUGCAUGUCCUAGGCGGGAGAAUGAAUGA